UGGCGCGGGCGAGUGGGGGGGCGAGGAGGUGGUGGUGGUGGAGGAGGAGGAGGAGGCGGCGGCGAGAAGAUGGCGACUUCGAACAAUCCGCGGAAAUUCAGCGAGAAGAUCGCGCUGCACAAUCAGAAGCAGGCGGAGGAGACGGCUGCCUUCGAGGAGGUCAUGAAGGACCUGAGCCUGACGCGGGCCGCGCGGCUUCAGCUUCAGAAGCCCCAGUACCUGCAGCUGGGCCCGAGUCGUGGCCAGUACUACGGUGGGUCCCUGCCCAAUGUGAACCAGAUUGGGAGCAGCGCCGUGGACCUGCCCUUCCAGCCCAGCGGAUUUCUGGGGGAGGCCCUGGCAGCGGCUCCUGUCUCUCUGACCCCCUUCCAGUCCUCGGGCCUGGACACCAGCCGGACCACCCGACACCACGGGCUGGUGGACAGAGUGUACCGUGAGCGUGGCCGCCUCGGGUCCCCGCACCGCCGGCCCCUGUCGGUGGACAAGCACGGACGGCAGGCCGACAGCUGCCCGUAUGGCACCGUGUACCUCUCACCGCCCGCAGACAGCAGCUGGAGGAGGACCAACUCUGACUCUGCCCUUCACCAGAGCACAAUGACGCCUGCCCAGUCGGACUCCUUCACGGGGGGGUCCCAGGACGCACACCAGAAAAGAGUCUUGCUGUUGACCGUCCCGGGGAUGGAUGAGGCCACAUCGGAGGCAGACAAGGCCCUGUCCAAGCCGGCCUGGGACGCCAAGAAGACGGGGUCCAGGCCUAAGUCCUGUGAGGUCCCUGGCAUCAACAUCUUCCCAUCCACCGAGCAAGAGAGCACGACGGCCCUGAUCCCAGCCACCCACAACACGGGGGGCUCCCUGCCCGACCUGACUAACAUCCACUUCCCGUCCCCACUGCCAACGCCACUGGACCCCGAGGAGCCCCCAUUCCCUGCUCUCAGUGGCUCCAGCAGCACCGGCAACCUCUCGGGCAACCUGACCCACCUGGGCCUCGGCGGCACCGGCCAGGGGAUGAGCACACCAGGCUCCUCUCCGCAGCACCGGCCGGCCGGCGUCAGCCCCUUGUCCCUGGGCACAGAGGUGAGGCAGCAGCAGGCCCAGCAGGUGUCUCCCUCAUUGUCCCCACUGUCACCCAUCACACAGGCGGUGGCCAUGGAUGCCCUGUCGCUGGAGCAGCAGCUGCCCUACGCCUUCUUCACCCAGGCAGGCUCCCAGCAGCCGCCGCCACCGAAGCCCCAGCCCCCACCCCCGCCGCCACCUGCGUCCCAGCAGCAGCCGCCCCCGCAGGUGCCCGUCGGCCUCCCCCCUGGCGGCCCUCUGAUGCCCAGUGCUAGCCUGACUCGGGGGCCACAGCUGCCCCCACUUUCGGUCACGGUACCGUCCUCUCUCCCCCAGUCUCCCCCAGAGAACUCAGGCCAGCCGUCGAUGGGGAUCGAUAUCGCCUCGGCGCCGGGUCUGCAGCAGUACCGCACUGGUGCUGGCUCCCCCGCCACCCAGUCUCCCACCUCGCCGGUCUCCAAUCAAGGCUUCUCUCCCGGGAGCUCCCCGCAACACUCUUCCACCCUGGGCAGCGUGUUUGGGGAUGCGUACUAUGAGCAGCAGAUGGCGGCCAGGCAGGCCAAUGCUCUGUCCCACCAGCUGGAGCAGUUCAACAUGGUGGAGAGCGCCAUCAGCCCCAGCGGCCUGUACAGCCCGGGCUCCACGCUCACCUACUCACAGGCAGCCAUGAUGGGGCUGGCGGGCAGCCCCGGGAGCCUGCAGGACGCGCAGCAGCUGGGCUACGCCGGGCACAGUGCCAUCCCCAACAUCAUCCUCACAGUGACAGGAGAGUCGCCCCCGAGCCUCUCCAAAGAACUGACCAGCACCCUGGCUGGGGUCGGUGACGUCGGCUUCGACCCCGACAACCAGUUCCCCUUGGACGAACUCAAGAUCGACCCCCUGACCCUCGAUGGACUGCACAUGCUCAACGACCCUGACAUGGUCCUGGCUGACCCAGCCACCGAGGACACCUUCCGGAUGGAUCGGCUGUGAGUGGCCACGCCUGGCACCCUGCCAUCACCACCACCGGCAUCUCCCAGAGCUGGGGACGGCGCAUCUGUCCCUCGCCAACGGCCGAGCUUGUGAUUCUGAGCUUGCAAUGCCGCCGAGCGCCCCCACCAGCCCCCGUUGUCCACCUCCUGCCGCUGCCCAGUGCCCGGGCCAGGCUGGGACAGCCCCUGUGCUCGACCCCUGGUGUCCCCUGUAAGAUGCGGACCGUGUUGCUCCCAGCGUGGGGGCCGGGCAGGCUGGGGUGGGGGCGUCCGUGGGCCGGGCGGAGGUGCAUUUUCCGACUGUUGUUCAGCUCUCACUGCCUUCCUUGGUCCCUGGUCCCCACACCCUCGCGCCGCCUGUCCCCAGCCUUGGCCAGGUACCUCUCAGGAGAGCAUGGGGAGCAGGGGCGGGCGCGGAGUGAAAUAAACACUAUCGAUGGCUGAGUCCUUCCGUGGCAGAGCGUGGAGUGUAGACGGUCGUGCCCUGCCCAGCGGUGCCCCCGCCCGCCCGUCUCCACCGCACCCCAGCCAGGUUUUCCGGGCCACUUUCCUCGGAGCAGCCUAGCUGGGCCCGCAGCACGCAGAGGCAGGGCUGGCUCCGCCCAUGCCCAGGGGUGGGCGGGGUUUGGCGGGAAUCUUCCCGGUAGGUUUUUGUUCUAAGGUCUGUAUUUAUGUUUUGGUUGUAGACAAGUAGCUGAACCCUUCCAGCCCACGCCUGCCUGAGAGCAUGUUUUUCUCCUCCUGAGAUCCCCCACUGCCUAUCUUUGAAGCUAACUGGAAAUGUGGGUGCAGAGCCACCCUCACCCGAGCCCCAGCCGCACCCCAGGCCUUUUUAGUUUCGCUCCCAAAUUCCCUUAAAGAAGAAAGAGCUGCUUCCUUCCAGGCUGGUGGGGACAGGCAGGGACUUCUAGAAGCUCUUGGGAGCCCAGGUCCUCCUUUAACAAGGCCACGCGGUGACUUCCGGGGGGAGCCUUGGCUUUUAUUGAAUGCCCCUCAGGCCCCCCCGCCCCCGGGUGCCCACCAGGCCCCGGAUUGGGCACCUUAAAGCCCCUUCCACCACCAGCAGCACCCAGGGCCUCUGCACUGGGGUGUCAGGUCUGGCAGAAAGAGCGAGCCCCAAGGUCAGGCUGUCCCUCAUGUGGCCCCCCAGAGCCAGGGCAGGGCUGGCACUAUCUCUCUGCACCGGCUGCUCAGCUCCCAGCCCCGUCCCUUCUGCCGGGCAGCUGUCCCCAGGCCACCCCUCUGCCUCUGCGCCAGGAUGAGGCGUGGACACCGAGACCGGACUGUGUCAGCAACAGGUCACCAGGUACUUGGAGGGCCCUCUGGAGGCCGGGAUGACAGAGGGCACAGCAGGCGUGGCAAGGUUUUCCGCCGCCCGCUCGGGGCGAGGAGCCCUGGUUUUCCACCCAAGUUGGUCCUCGAGGCUCUGGUGGCCGCCUGCCAGGCUGGCCUCCUGCUUGGUGUUUGUGUUGUGGAAGCCGCGCCUCGGCCAGGGUCUGGCACCCUGCCGCACGUGAUCCCAGCACAGUCUCCCUCCCCUGGCGCCUCUGCAACACCUACCUGGGUGAAGGCUGCUCCUCCUUGGCCACUGCGCUGCGGCCUUGUCACCCUGAGUCCUGGGGACACAGCCCCAGUGCCCUCACCUGCCCAGGCCACAGGCCAGUCUCUCGCUGUAGGUUAAGCUGGGGGCAGAGUGGGAACUUUUUUAUUUAAGAAAAACCACUUGUAUAUAGGGUUUGAUUACCAUUAGACUUGUAUGUAGAACUUUUUAAAAAUGGCCUUAAUAAAAUGACAUGCAACCCA